AUGUGUACAUCUCACCCCAGCCCCCCCCCCUCACACACACACACGGCUAUCUCCAAAAAGAGAGGGAGCUUCUGCAUUGAUCUGCCGGCCGGUCAUUGGCAACCGAAGUCCAGGGUAUGCAUGCCUGCGAUGUCGCAUAUUCGGUGUGCGCUCAUCCUCUCCGCCGGCGUGGCAGCCGGCGUGAGCACCGCCCCGUACCUUUGCUUUUCUGACCGGACUCCUGCUGCGCCACCGUCGCGUCUCCCACUCUAUGCCACGCGCCGCUCAGCGUCCGGCCUCCACAGCGGCAGCCCAGCAGCGGAGGAUGCCAUGGACGCUGCCAACAGGCAGGCCAGCGUGGCUUCUGUGACAGAGACCCUUUCAUCCCUCUACAGGUGUGCAUGUGAGCUGCUGGACGCGUCGACGCGAGCGCUGAUGGAAGGGACGGCGACAGCUGCGGCGGUAGCAGCCGCAGGUGCACAUGCGGUUGCCAACGCUACCACAGCGGAGCUCUCACAUCGCUCGCCAGUUUGCAGCGACGACGCUGUUUUCCAGUGUGCCGGUCGUCAUCUUAGUGGCGCCGCCGAGGCGGAAAAGCACGCUGCCGAUUUUGGCACUGACGCCGAGGUGCCGUUAUCUGCGUCAACACAGUCGGUCCUCAACGAGAGGACCGCGGUGCUUCGCGCGGCGCAGCACAAGCUGAAGGAUCGCUUUCUGCACUACGCCAAGCACGACCCGGCAACAGGGGAGUUUGUUCUUAGCCUCGAGGGAUUUGUGCGCUGCAUGCUCUUAUUGCCUGACGACGGCGUCGCUGACGUAGGGUGGCGUCGCGCGGGCUCUGGCGCCGCAAGCCGCAGUGGUGCGGUGACACACAAGAGCCCCUCGCCGACUUUCUCUGACGCGGCUGAUACCGCUGUCACCCCUUUCUGCGCGAAGGCUAUCGGCGGCCGAGGCCAGUCACGGUGUCACUCGUCCUGGCUGCAGCAGCUACCUCCAGCUGUGCAGCAGCGCUUCGUGCAGCUCUUCCACUGGGUCGAUCUCAACGGAAACAACUUCAUCGGAUAUGCCGAAUUCGUGGUGCUCUUUACCUUCCUGUCCACCCCACAGCAAAUGCUGAAGCGCGCCUUCAGCGUGUUCGACUUGGAAGACAAAGGCCGCCUGAGCGAGUGGGAGUUUUGCCACCUCCUGAACACAAUCAUGGUGGAUCCGGCGGUGCAGGUGCGCUACGCUGCCGGAACAAGCGGCGCUGGUGGCAGUGGAGGAGGCGCCGCAGCGGUCUCGCCCUCCUCGGCACUCCCCUCGGCAACACCUCAGGCCAUCACCACAGCAAGGGCACCGCACUUGGCCCCAUGCGCCUCACCCACCCCCGAGGCAGCCACGGCAGCGGUCGCUUCAGCGCCCCACCCAUCCACUGCGAGGCGCACCGGUACGUCGUGGCGCAGUGAGAAGGAGUGGCGAAGUCACAAGGAUUGCCUGAAUUUAGAGAUUUCAUCGGAGCUGAUGCGGCCGUUGCUCUUCGGUCCUUUGCCACUGCAAGUCGGCGCCGCGCCUGGAUCGACGAAUUGUGACCGCGAAGCCGCUCUCGCCGCUUCGGUCUUGUCCAGCUAUGCGGUCCAGGGUGCCGCAGCGGUUGCAGGCUCGGCAACGAACGGCACCCCCGGUGGGGUGUUGCCCUCGCUGCGCGCCGUCUCGCAGCUUCCAGACGUCAGCCACUCGGCCGGGUGGCGAAAGUGGGGUGACACCUGGCGCCGCCUUCUCAGCAAGGUGUUGACACCCUACCCGUCCUGUGCACCAGCCAGCUGCGACGCCGCGUGCAGCACCCUCGCGGUUGCCUCCAUAACUGCGCCGGUCGCCAUCACUGCCACUGCGGCUUCAUCACGCCUGUCUCAGCUGCAGUUGGCGGCGCAGGAGGAUUCGCUGCUGCGUAUGGUCUCGUAUCCCGCCUUACUGUACCGUCUAGACUACCUCCGUUCGCAACUGCGUGCCAUCGAGUUCGGCCUUUGCGACCCAGACAACACAGGCACCAUUUCUCUGGACGACUGCCGUCGCCUCCUCCGCGGGGAUGUCCGAAGGACCGUGAAAGCGGAGCAUCCAGCGCUGCAGCAGCGACAGCAGCAGGCUGACGAAACUGCCGUGACGUGGCACUUUUAUCAGAAGAUGUUCGACGUUAUACGGGAGCCCGAUAGGAUUUUGGCGGCGCUGCGGCUCGCCUUAGACGCCAUGCCGCCGGUGCCCGAGGAGACGCUGCGAGGUGGUGCCAUCCCCGACGAAGCGCUGGAGGCGGCCACACAGGCGAUCCCGGAAAUGGUGAGGCUGAGCGUCCUGCGUUGCACGUCGAGGGCCGCCGAGGAGGGUGCGGCAGUCGAUGUGGCGCCACUGCCAGCAACAGCAGAAGUAACGGCCUCGCAGGAUGACGGUCGCAAUGUCGCAGAUCGCAGCCCCUUCAGUCCAACGGACGUUACGACGGCAGAUGCAGCGGAGAGCAAGAGCGUCGGCGAGGGGUGUGCGGCUGCCCGUCAUUUGAAGGCGUCGCUGGUGCGGCCCACGGCGCUCACGUGGAAUCAAGUCGACCGCGUGCUCGCCAUCCUCGGCACGGUGCCGCAGCUGAGCGAGGCUGAGCGGUCGCUGUUUCGUGCUCUUCUGGACGACGACGGCUCUGACUCACUGUCACCCGCCGAGUUCGCGCGCCUGUGCACACUGAAGGGGGCGUUUUUUGCCCAGCAGCUGCCUCGCUUUGACGAGCCGAAGCGGAAUGCCGUCCAGCAGUUCUUCUACUGCAUGCAGCAGCUCGAGUGA